AUUGCUCAUUUUGGUGGACAAAUUGGAUUACUUACUUUUUUCCCCCCACAUAUACUAACACAGAGAUCUGAAGGGAAUGGAAGUGCUUUCUUAGGAUACCAAUAGAGUUUGUAUUUUUGUUUCUUUAUAGCUUUUCAAGUUCAUCAAAGAAAAUGGGAGAUCAAAAACGGAUUCUAAUCAUUUAUCUAUACAACUAAUACAUUUAUUUUUCUUGUCCUGAUUAUUUUACUCAACCAAAGAGAUUUUGAGAUAUAGAUUUUUUUUUGUCAUGGAUGAAAAUGCCUCAAGAUGAAUAUCUCUCUCCGUGUGACAAUAAGAUUACAACUUAGAGGCAUUUUAUCUUCAAAACAUAAGUGGAAAUAAUUAAAUUUGGAAAAUUGACAGAUCUGGAACUCGAUUUAAACGGUUCGUCGACAGGAGUGUUUUUUAUCCUUUUGGACCUCAAAGUGAUAUGAGGGGAACAACCCCAACGUAACAGGCACAACUGAAAGAAACACUGUUGAACACUAAUUCAGAGAUAGACAGGUAGACAGACAGACAGGCAAUCUGAUGCCAACGGUCUCCUCAGUGACACUCACGGGACGACUCCUCCUGCUGUUGCUAUGGGCACCCCACCUCACCAUGGCAACCAACUGGCUUUCUCUGGCACGUCUGCCACGCUCGCGUCCUGUGUCUGGUGCCGAACCAUGUGGCCGUCUGAGGGGAUUGUCACCAGGCCAAGUCGGGGUGUGCCGGGCACGGGGGGAGGUCAUGGAGUCCGUGCGAAAGGCAGCAGAGAUGGUCAUUGAUGAGUGCCAACAUCAGUUCCGAAACCGGCGUUGGAACUGUUCCACCACUCCUCGUGGGAUCAAUGUGUUUGGACGAGUCAUGAACCAAGGCACCCGUGAGGCGGCUUUUGUCCACGCUCUUUCAUCGGCAGCAGUUGCUGUGGCUGUGACUCGGGGCUGUAGCAGGGGAGAACUGGAGAGGUGCGGCUGUGACCGAAAGGUCAGGGGGAUCAGUCCUGAAGGUUUCCAAUGGUCAGGUUGCUCUGAUAAUCUGUCCUAUGGCGUUGCAUUCUCUCAGACCUUUGUGGACGAGCCAGAGAGAGCUAAAGGCAUGUCAUCAGGGCGACCGCUAAUGAACAUUCACAAUAAUGAAGCAGGACGGAAGGCUAUCCUCCACAACAUGCAGGUGGAAUGUAAGUGUCAUGGUGUUUCAGGGUCCUGUGAGCUCAGAACUUGCUGGAAAGUGAUGCCUCCGUUCCGCCGGGUCGGUGCUGUGCUGAAAGAACGCUUUGAUGGUGCCACAGAGGUACGGCUAACACGCGUGGGCUCUCGCACAGCUCUCCUUCCGCGGGACCCCCAAGUGAAGCCACCAGCCACACGGGACCUUGUCUACUUGGCUUCUUCACCGGAUUUCUGCCGCUUAGACCCAGACAAUGGCAUUCCUGGCACUGCAGGACGACGUUGUAAUGGAACCUCACGGUUGGCACCAGAUGGCUGUGAACUGUUGUGUUGCGGCCCAGGUUUCCGAGCAGGCCGGGCUGAGGUAGUGCAGCGCUGCUCCUGUAAGUUCUCCUGGUGCUGCUCAGUUCGCUGCCAGCAGUGUAAGAACACAGUGCUCAUACACACCUGCCGAGAAUGAGACAUACCUAGAAAAGGCGCACAACCACCACCACCUCAUCUCAUGCCAGCCUGCAUUAAAGUCCACAUGAUGAAGAACAAACCUCCACCAUCCGAAACAUCUUGCAUCAUGCCCUGAAUCUGGUGAAUUUAAAGUUAUUUUAAAUGUGACAUUACAAUUAUUUUAAUCUUCAAUAGCACUUUUGUUGAAGGGCAAUGUGUUGAACUGGAACACACAGACACCAUUACAUUUCUUAAAUGCUCAAAUACAGAUAAAAUACAAAAAACAUUAACUAACUUGUUCAGACAACGCUCUUAAAGCCGAGAUUAACCCCUGAAUAACAGCAGGAGAGUAAUGUUAGUUUAGUCUGAGGCGUUGGCAUCAAAUUCUAGUCUAGAGUUGCUCUAUCCCUGUUUGCUGUGUUUAUAAUUUCUUUUCAGUUUUGCUGAUUAUGUUUAUUUAUUUGAGUUCAUCAUGCCUUUGUGGAAUUAUCUCUGGAUGGAAAGUUCCACCUGCAAACUCUUCGGCUUCAGCUGUGUUUUGUUUCGGCUUGUCCUAUUGCAUAGACAGAGGCUUGUUUAUUAUAAUUGUCUCUUUUUUAUAAUCCAUAUGGCUUAAAAUAAAGUUGUUUGAAAUCUUAAAUGUG